AUGAUGGGAAUAUUUGGGCAAAGUAAAAAACCUGAUACAAAAGAACAAGUGCGUGAACUGCAACGUAAAAUGCGAGUAGAAUUACGUCAACUCGAUAGGCAGAUUCACGCAAUCGAGCGGGAAGAAAUCAAGGUGAAAAAACAAAUAAAAGAAGCAGCGAAGAAAGGUGAUCGUGAUGUUUGCAUUGUAUUGGCAAAAUCUAUGCUUCAAUCGAGAAAGGCUGUAUCAAAGAUUCAUGCAACUAAAGCGCAAAUUAAUUCGGUGAUAAUGGGUAUUCAACAACAGUUAUCGACUAUGAGAAUGGCUGGUACAUUACAGCAAUCUACAGAAAUAAUGAAAAGUAUGCAGCAGUUAAUUAAGGUGCCUGAGAUAAUGGCAACAAUGCGCGAAUUAUCGAGAGAAAUGAUGAAAAUCGGUAUAAUCGAUGAAAUGAUUGAAGAAACAAUGGAAAGUAUGGAACCAGAAGAACUAGAAGAAGAAGCACAGUCCGAAGUUGACAAGAUUCUUUUUGAAAUUACUGCUGGUGAACUUGGCAAAGCACCAUCUGCAGCAGUUGAUUCGCUUAUUGCUCCUGAGCAAGUUGCUGUUUCAGAAAUUCAGGCUGUCGACUUUGAAGAAAUGAAAAUGCGAUUAAAUUCAUUGAAAAAUUAA